GUCAUCUGCAGCCAAUCUGAAGAGUACAACAGCCGCCAAGAACUUUGUAAUGGAACAAACGAAGGGCCUAUCCUUCGAAAUCCUGGGAAUCACGAUAAAGGAAGAACUCCUCGGCUUCCUACAUCAGCUGAUGUUGAAUUCUGCUUAAGUCUGACCCAAUAUGAAACUGGGUCUAUGGAUAGAAUGGCUAACUUCAGCUUCCGGAAUACUUUGGAAGGCUUUGCAAGCCCAAGUACUGCAAUAUCAAAUGUGUCCCAAAGUGGUCUACACAAUGCACUACACAUUUACAUGAAUGGCUCCAUGUCCCAGGUCCAGGGUUCAGCCAACGAUCCGGUCUUCAUCCCUCACCAUGCCUUUGUGGACAGCAUUUAUGAACAGUGGCUCCGAAGACACAAACCCCUGCGGGAAGUCUACCCUGAGGCCAACGCUCCUAUUGGACACAACCGGGAAUAUUACAUGGUCCCAUUCAUUCCUCUCUAUAGGAAUGGGGAAUUCUUCAUUUCAUCCAAAGAACUGGGUUAUGACUAUGAAUACCUCUUGGAACCAGCGUCCCCCUUUCAGGCUUUCUUCAUCCCUUACUUGGAGCAAGCUCGUCAAAUCUGGCCAUGGUUAGUUGGAGCUGGCGUGAUUGGUGCCAUAAUAUCAAUGACAAUCAGUGGACUCAUCAAGCUAGGAACUCGAAAGAAGAAGAGAACCUCAGAAGAGACCCAACCCUUACUCAUGGAGGGUGAAAAUUAUCAGCAUAUUACAUAUCAGUCACACUUAUAA